AAGUCAAUAAAUGAAAAAAGAAAUCCGUUGACUACACUGGUCUCCCACAGGGCAGAGCAGGUUCGAUGAAAUGAGGAUGAGAGUUUCCAUAUGCACUUACCCUUCUUCUAUUCUCCUCUCUCUAAAAUCAAAACAAUCCCCUCUCAUGGACCACGCCAUGGUAGCCAUCGUGAGCGCCAUCGGCAGCUUCUUCGUGGUCAGCCUCUUCCUGGCGGCGGCAAUCCUCCUCUGCCAGGAACGCAACUCCAACAAGAGGCGGACGCGUGCCAGCGAUAGCCACAGCCACAGCCACAGCCACAGCCACAGCCACAGCCGAAGCCGCGGCGCCUCCCUCUCCCUGGCCACGGUGGAGAACGCCAGCUGGUUCUCCGACCCCAACCUUAGCAAGAUCCCCUGGGAGGAGCUCGCACGCGCCACCGAAAACUUCUCCCCGCACCUCAUCGUGGGCGACGGCAGCUUCGGCCUCGUCUACAAGGCCCGCCUCUCCACCGGCGCCCUCGUGGCCGUCAAGAAGCUCUCCCCGGACGCCUUCCAAGGGUUCCGCGAAUUCACCGCCGAGAUGGAAACCCUAAGCAAGCUCCGGCACCCGAACAUCGUGAAAAUCCUUGGGUACUGGGCCUCCGGGUCAGAACGGCUCCUGGUGUACGAGUUCAUCGAAAAGGGGAACCUGGACCAGUGGCUCCACGAGCCCGAUCCCGAUCCCUCCCGCUCCCCCCUUUCCUGGGAAACCCGGGUCCACAUCAUCCGCGGCGUGGCCCACGGGCUCUGCUACCUCCACGGCCUGGAGAAGCCCGUGAUUCACCGCGACAUCAAGGCCAGCAACAUCCUCCUGGACUCCAACUUCGAGGCCCAUAUUGCGGACUUUGGGCUGGCCCGCAGGAUGGAGAAGACCCACUCCCACGUGUCCACCCAGUCGGCCGGAACCAUUGGGUACAUGCCUCCCGAGUACAGAGACGGGUCGAAUGUGGCGAACACGAAGGUGGACGUGUACAGUUUCGGCGUGUUGAUGAUUGAGACGGCCUCCAGUCACCGGCCCAAUUUGCCGAUGAAGUUGGGCCAGGACGACAUUGGCAUGGUCCAGUGGGCUAGGAAGAUGAGGGAUCAAAAUGCAGAGAUGCAGAUGGUUGAUGGGAGGGAAGGGUUCCGGGUAGAUAGUGUGAAGGAGUACGUCCGCAUCGCUUGCGAGUGCACCGCUGAGUUGCAGAAGGACAGACCCGAAAUGCCUCUAGUUGUCAAGUGGAUGUGUCUGUUGCUAGUGACCUUGGUUUUGAUCAACCUGUGUGGCACCCAACAAGUUGUGGUAUCCUUUCUUUGAAAGCGGCUUCUAUUUAUGUUUGUUCUCCUGAUUCUACAAUUACAUGGGCUAAGUGCUUGUGGUCUAGCUCUAUCCCUCUUUCACGCUCAUGUUUAGUUCAGAGACUUUUGCAAUAUCGGCUUCCUAUUGUUGAUCAACUACGUCCUAUAAGUAUGGUUUUGGUAUCGAUUUGUGGCCUCUGUGAAUUAUUUGACGAAUCCUUGAAGCAUCUAUUUU